AGAGGGGGGAGAAGCGAGUCAGAGAGAGAGAGAGAGAGAAGGGGGCGAGAAAUAUAAGGUAACGGCAAAAACAGGCGACUCCCUCCAAAUGUCGGAGCCUUUGGAUCUCUUCCUCUGAAAGAGGGACCCAGCUCCAAGCCAACAAGUGGAUUGUAUCAGGCGUUUUUUGCACGGGCGGCGCACAGAUCCCUCCUUAAAAUAAAAACAAAACGCACAACACAACACAACAGUAAAAAGAAGAAGAAGAGGAAGAAGAAGGUUGAUUUGAAUUUGGAGGAGAAGGAAGGGAAAUCUAUCUAUCUGUCUAUCUCUCUAAGAAUCAGCAUCCACCGUCCGGAGAAGGGAGGACCAAGAGGAGGCAUCGUCGGGGUCCAGCCGAGAGAGCUGUUCCUCCGCGGAGCUGGCGGCUGAGGAUGGAAGAGCCGGCGGACCCUAAAGGCCAGCGAGAGCCCGCUCCGAGCCCCUCCGGCGGCGGAUUGCCGGCCCCGACUCUUGGCCCCACCAGCAGCCCCAGCAGCGAUGGGGAAAGCCUGCCGCUCUCGCCCAGCAGCACCAGCAGCACCAGCACCAGCAGCCACCCUCCUUCGUCCCCCGCCGCGCCUUGCCUCGGCUCGCUGCCCCACCACCAGCACCACCAGCAUCACCACCACCAGCAUCCCCAGCACCAACACCAGCAUCCCCAGCAGCAGCAGCAGCAGCCGCGACCGCCUCCUCCGCCCCCGCCUCCGCCUCCUCCUCCUCCUCCUCCUCCUCCUCCGCACCACCGCACCACCAACUUCUUCAUCGACAACAUCCUGAGGCCGGACUUUGGCUGCAAGAAGGAGCCGCAUCUCUUGAUCCUUGCCGGGGCCGGAGGAGGGGGAGGCCGGGACAGGGACCCAGACCGCGCGCCCGGCUCAGGGAGAGAAAAUGGCAACCCGCUGCUGGGCUGCAGGACCCCCAACCCAGUCUCCUCCACCUCCUCCUCCUCUGCGCUCCUCCUUAGCACCGAACCGCCGGGGACCCCAGAGCCCGGCUCUACCGCCGCCGCCAUCACCACCUCCUCAUCCUCCUCUUCUUCCUCCUCUUCCUCGGCCGCCUCCAAAGCCAGCCCCACCGCCGCCGCCGCCGUAGGGACAGCCAAGCCCCCUUCUUCUUCUUCCUCUUCCUCCUCUUCCUCCUCCUCCUCCUCUUCCUCGGAAGGGAAUGGACCUAACUCGGCGAAGUAUGGGGAGCACGCCAACCCGGCCAUCCUCCUCAUGGGCUCCGGGAACGGAGGGACCGUGGUCGCCGCCAAGGGCGAGUGCCAGCAGCCGCUGGUCUGGCCAGCCUGGGUUUACUGCACCCGCUAUUCAGACCGACCCUCCUCGGCAGGUCCCCGCACGCGGAAACUGAAGAAGAAGAAGAGCGAGAAGGAGGACAAGCGCCCGCGGACGGCCUUCACGGCGGAGCAGCUGCAGAGACUGAAGGCCGAGUUCCAGGCCAACCGCUACAUCACGGAGCAGCGCCGGCAGACCCUGGCCCAGGAGCUGAGCCUCAACGAGUCCCAGAUCAAGAUCUGGUUCCAGAACAAGCGGGCCAAGAUCAAGAAGGCCACGGGCAUCAAGAACGGCCUGGCCCUCCACCUCAUGGCCCAGGGACUCUACAACCAUUCCACCACCACUGUGCAGGACAAGGAGGACAGCGAGUGAGAGGACCCGGGGCUGGGCUG